CCGCAGACGCCGCGGCCCCGCGCCGAGCCGCAGAGCGCCGAGCCGCAGUCCGCGCCGCCGCCGCGAUGCCGCUGGAGAACCUGGAGGAGGAGGGGCUGCCCAAGAACCCCGACCUGCGCAUCGCGCAGCUGCGCUUCCUGCUCAGCCUGCCCGAGCACCGCGGGGACGCGGCCGUGCGCGACGAGCUGAUGGCGGCCGUCCGCGACAACAACAUGGCUCCCUACUACGAAGCCCUGUGCAAAUCCCUCGACUGGCAGCUGGACACGGACCUGCUCAAUAAAAUGAGGAAGGCCAACGAGGACGAGUUGAAGCGUUUGGACGAGGAGCUGGAAGACGCGGAGAAGAACCUGGGGGAGAGCGAGAUCCGGGACGCCAUGAUGGCCAAGGCCGAGUACCUGUGCCGCGUCGGCGACAAGAGACCCAGAGAGAGAGAGAGAGAGAGAAGCAGGCUCCAUGCAGGGAGCCCGACGCUAAGCGUGGAGCGAGCGAGCGGGUCCGGGAGUCGGCCCGAGCCCGGAUCCUGGCACCGAGCGAGGGAAAGCCACACGGGGGCGCCGGCGCGCAGGCCGCGCCGGGCGGUCCAAGCAUGUCCAGCAGGGGGCGCUGCCGGCGGAGGCCCACCCGGGGCCGGCCGGAAGCCGGGCCGGAGGCGGCCGGGCGCCGUCGCGACUCCUCCCGCUUCCGCUUCCGCUGCCGCUGCCGCUGCCACUGCCGCUGCCGCAGACGCCGCGGCCCCGCGCCGAGCCGCAGAGCGCCGAGCCGCAGUCCGCGCCGCCGCCGCGAUGCCGCUGGAGAACCUGGAGGAGGAGGGGCUGCCCAAGAACCCCGACCUGCGCAUCGCGCAGCUGCGCUUCCUGCUCAGCCUGCCCGAGCACCGCGGGGACGCGGCCGUGCGCGACGAGCUGAUGGCGGCCGUCCGCGACAACAACAUGGCUCCCUACUACGAAGCCCUGUGCAAAUCCCUCGACUGGCAGCUGGACACGGACCUGCUCAAUAAAAUGAGGAAGGCCAACGAGGACGAGUUGAAGCGUUUGGACGAGGAGCUGGAAGACGCGGAGAAGAACCUGGGGGAGAGCGAGAUCCGGGACGCCAUGAUGGCCAAGGCCGAGUACCUGUGCCGCGUCGGCGACAAGGAUGGUGCUCUGACAGCCUUUCGCAAGACAUAUGACAAAACUGUGGCUCUGGGUCACCGUCUGGAUAUUGUGUUCUAUCUUCUUAGGAUUGGAUUAUUUUAUAUGGACAAUGAUCUCAUCACACGAAACACAGAAAAGGCCAAAAGCUUAAUAGAGGAAGGAGGAGAUUGGGACAGGAGAAACCGCCUAAAAGUUUAUCAAGGUCUUUAUUGUGUGGCUAUUCGUGAUUUCAAACAGGCAGCUGAACUCUUCCUUGACACAGUUUCAACAUUCACAUCCUAUGAACUUAUGGAUUAUAAGACCUUUGUGACUUACACGGUCUAUGUCAGCAUGAUUGCUUUAGAAAGACCAGAUCUCAGGGAAAAGGUGAUUAAAGGAGCCGAGAUCCUUGAGGUGCUGCACAGCCUUCCAGCGGUCCGGCAAUACCUAUUUUCACUCUAUGAGUGUCGUUACUCUGUUUUCUUCCAGUCUUUAGCUAUUGUGGAACAGGAAAUGAAAAAGGACUGGCUUUUUGCUCCUCAUUAUCGAUACUACGUAAGAGAAAUGAGAAUCCAUGCAUAUAGCCAGCUGUUGGAAUCGUAUAGGUCACUGACUCUUGGCUAUAUGGCAGAAGCCUUUGGUGUUGGCGUGGAAUUCAUCGAUCAAGAGCUCUCCAGAUUUAUUGCUGCAGGGAGACUACACUGCAAAAUAGAUAAAGUUAAUGAAAUAGUGGAGACCAACAGACCUGAUAGCAAGAACUGGCAGUACCAAGAAACUAUCAAGAAAGGAGAUCUUCUACUAAACAGAGUUCAAAAACUUUCCAGAGUAAUUAAUAUGUAAAACCACGUAAACGAGGGAUUUCCUUUAGAGAUAACUAUUUGGAAUUUUUAUAGCUUACUUUACCCAGUUCAGCUGAAUAAAUACUGCAUUGUUGUUUCUUUCAA